UAUCUGAAAAAAAAAAACCCAACCCAAAUUUGCAAACACCAAACCAGAAAAAAAAAUUCCUCACCAGGUGAAAAGGCGUCCAAAACCCUAACCCAAAAUAAAUCCUUUUUGGCAUAUUUGCCUAAUUUUGCCAAAUAAUUCCACUGCCUUUUGAUCUAAAAUCAAAGCAUUUUUGAACCAUUUUUUAUGUUCUUCCCUAUCCAAAACCCUAACCCAAAUUUAGCAUCUGACCAAAAUUCCAUCCUUUUUACUGUCAUUUUCAAUUGAAUCCUUAACAAAUUCGCAUCAAAGUCAACUAUGAAAGAAACGAAAUCAGUUAAAUUGAAUGCACAGCAACAUCAGCAACACGAAAACGGUCACUUUUCCCCGUUCAAGUUCGCCAAGUUAUUAGAUCCGGAAGCUUCUUGGGAUAAAGAUCAAUUAGGAGAUGUAUUGCAUUGGAUUCGACAAGUUGUGGCGCUUUUAUGUGGAUUAUUAUGGGGAGCAAUCCCUGUGGUUGGAGGCGUUUGGAUCUUCAUUUUUCUGGCCAUAUCCACUUCAAUCAUAUAUGGUUAUUAUGCUAUGAUACUAAAGAUCGAUGAAGAAGAAUUUGGUGGUCAUGCAGCCCUUCUCCAAGAAGGCCUUUUUGCUUCAAUAACUCUCUUUCUGUUGGCGUGGGUUCUGGUAUACAGCUUGGCCCACUUUUGAUAUACUUUUGUAUCAUCAACCUGCUGUCCUGUGUUUCAAGAACACAUUUCAAGGAUUCGAUUCCAUUAGGCAAGAGGAACCAUUCAUUAUUCCCAGAAAACAAUUAGAAACUUUCUUACUUGGGAAAAUGCCAAUAGGUAUUGCCUUUUUACAUUUCAUUUUGUAAAAGAUUCUGAUUUUGCAGAUCAUAAACCUUUUUAAAUGGUUUAUAUAUGUUUGAUUUCAGUGUUACCUUAUUGAGCCCACAGAAUGAAGCAGUUUGUGGUACUUGAUGCUAAUCUAAAACACUGUUUUUCAUUGCUUCGAAUAAUCCAUUUUCAGCGAACUUUCUUGUUGAUACCAUAGCAA